UCCUCGCACUAAUCUAAUGACGACUACGAGUCACGGAACUAGUACACGUGUGGUAGUUCUUUUCGGAAAGCUGUUCGGCAAACUAGCUGUUGGUAGUGGUUAUGUUAUUCUCAUUGUAGUAGCUCUCCCGGUAGGUAUAUCCAGUGGAGGAUUGUCUUUUUUUCGGUUUGAUGAAAACAAUAAAUUAUUCAUAAAAUCUUUCUGGGAUGACUUUCUAAAAUUUAACGUCAGUAACCCUGAGUCACUAGCCCAGGGUUUUUCGGCAACAUUCAUUGGGGUAACUGUAUUUGACUCCUUUCUUCCUCUGUGGUGGCCAUCCCUUCGAAUAUUUUGUUUUUUUCUCUACAGUAGGUUUGCAUGUAAAACCACGUGGACCGUCCCAAGCAACUCUUCCAAAUUAAUUCGAAGUGACUGGUUUGCAUCAAACACGUAUUUGUUCAUUUUGAGUGUAGUUGUGCCAUACUGUUCCUUUACCAUGACCGACAUUUUGAAUACUUACCUGUUUUCCUAUUUUGCAGCCUACAACAUGGUCUGCACAAUUUGUAACGUGCUUUUCGUUAUCAUCCUAAACAAACACAAAUUUGUCACAAGGUAUGUCUUCUACAUCAGUGUAUGUAUGAUCUGUGCUUAUAUUGAAAGUGACAUAGUGGCUGUGUUUUAUUUUAUCAUGAAUUCUGAAGGCUCGCUUGCCAACCUAAAGCUUACUGCCCUGCGCACGGUAGCCAUUGGUCUCACUUUGACUCUCAGUUUCAGUACCUCUAUGCACAUCAUUCGCAAGCUUACUAAGCCACAGGAAUCUUUAUUUGAGGGGCUGGCAGAAAAGUGAGGUACUCUAAUUUUCUAGCUGUCUCCGUGACAGGCAUUUUCCAUAUCUGAUCAUUCAGUGCUUUUUGACGAGUGAAUAGUGAAUGUCUUCGGUUUCUUUGCGACAGUUAAGCCUGGUUUGCAAAAGACUACUGCAUGCCCGUAUAGUGCUUUUCCUUAUCUGGCUUAAGGUCAUUCCACUGAAAUAGAACCGGCGCUGAGAUUUUUGUCAAACUUUGCCUAUUGACUGUUUAUAUUGU